UAGAAAAGCCGAACGACUGUAGAGUGCGCUACGUACGUAUUUUAUCUAUCAAUAUGGCGGCAUUGUUUGCCCCUGCCCCGCGCAUAACUCAUCUACUGCAUCAAUGAAUCUGAGGAGAAAAUGGCGUUUUACGAUAAUGACCACUGGCUCCUGUCACACAUCCGCGAUAGCUUUUUAUUGACAGACAACACAGGCCAGUGCGAGAUAGUAAUGGUCGGGGAGGAUAUCCCUAAACAAUUAAAAUCGAAUGGCACGUUGCAGUGUUAUCCUGGCAUGGAAGAAAGCGACGACGAAGAUCUAGAUGGCCUCGGCGAGUCUUACGACGUACAGAUGGACAUGGAGUAUAGUCAUAGAGAACGGUCUAAUACUGCUAAAAGACUAGAGAAAAUGGAUCUUGAAAGAAAAAAAGCUGCCAAAGUAAAUAUAAAGUGGGAGAAUAACCCCGCGAUAUCUCUUACCCAACAAUCAGAGUUAUUUCAGAGAAAAGACUUUCGUAAAAAGACUGGGCAAAUUAGUAAAAGGCAAUCUCUUUUAUCAGAACAACUGGAGAAAUGUCCAAACUUACCGCAAAAUCCAUUUAUGGAAUAUGCUAAAUUCGAUGGUAGUGCACAAGUUGAUAUCCCUAUCAGAAAGUACAGGAUUUUUAUGUGUAUGCUACCGAAAGAGCACAGAAUGUAUCCUUUACAAGUAAUCGUAGUUGCUACCGCAAAAGUAUUGGAGUUCAUUGGAUUAAUUUGUUACAAAUACUCGAACGAACAUCCUGACCAUCCUUUAAAAGAAGACAUCACAAGAUACGGCUUGUAUUUCACUGAAGAUGACGGCGAAGUUGAUUGGGAUUUACCGUGCCUAGACCCGAGAGAAACCAUUUCAAAAUUUGAAUUUACGGCACUUGGCCUUACGGAAAUGAAACCAAGUGAUCGAGCGAGACACAACAUGAUCACUCGUGUGGAAACGAAAGACGAAGAAAGCUUUAUAGAGAGACAGAAUAAAGAACAACAAGAAGUUGCAGAGGACUUGGCAAAAAUGGAAGGACACACCACUGCCAUGGAAGCUCCAUUAUACCAAUCAUACAGGCAUCUUAUUUUAUAUGUAUCGUUGAUCUUCAAUAGCAUUUUACAAUUAAUUCUUUCGCUUCCUUCGCGCAGGGUAUACAUAAUCAAUAAAGUCAGAACAAAGACUGAAAUCUGCCUGGGAAUCUCAGGUGAAAAAAUUGAAAUCAAUCCAAUAAUAACUGGCAAAGGUGCUGGGCGAUUUUGGAACAGGCAACGCGCAGUUAGCUACCAAAUAGACAAUAUUGCCUGGUGUGAAAUUACAGAAACAAAGGGAUCAAAGACUAUUUUUACGUUAGUUUAUACGCCGCAUUCUUCUACUUCCGAAAAUAUCUUAGUGUCAUCUGGACAAUUCAAAAAUCACGAAUUCGAGGCAGAUUCGAUAACUGGCGAGGAGAUAGUCAGAAAAAUAAAUCAUAUACUUGAAUUACACAGUAGUACAUCAAGAAAAGAAUACUUGUCACAAAAAGAGAGAAAAACAGCUCGGCGCAAAAGUUUUCAUUUGCACAGAUGACAACUCUACUGGUUUCUCUGUUCCAUUUUAAAUUAUUUAAAACAUUAAUCAUUUCAAUGUGAUCAAGAUACAAACACAAAUUUGCUUCAACACAAAUAUAUCAUUAUCAGUUUCAUGGUAAUGCCAUAAAUUUAUUUGAUCAAAGAAAGAAUAUUUGUUUCAAAUAUCUACGAAAUAAAUAAUGUUUUUACAUUAUUCUGUAAUUCAUUCAAAUCUAUAUCAAUAUAUGAAAAAUAUAUUAAUUCUGUACAAACUCAAAA